AUGCUUUUGGGGGACUUCAACGACAUUCGCGUCCCAGAUGAGAAAAUCGGAGGUGCGGCUCAACCCCAAUGGCUCAUGAACGGCUUCAAUGAAGCCAUUGUUUACUGUGGGCUUAGAGAUCAUUGGUUCAAGGGCUACCAGUUCACCUGGGAAAAAGGAAGAGGGACUUCUCACUGGAUUAGAGAGAAACUCGACCGUAUUCUGCCGUCUCCUGCUUCAAGAACAAGGAAACGCAGGUGUUUUAAAUUCGAAAAUUAUUGGUUGAAGGAAGCGCGGUGCAGAGAAAUUGUUCAUCAAAGCUGGUCAAAUUCUCAGGGUCUUCAAAUUAGUUCAAGAUUUGAGAUUUGUAGCUAUGAGAUCUGGAAGCGGGGCAAAGAUCAGAAUCGGAACAUGCAACCACAGAUCGACAAUCUUAAGAGAAGGUUAGAGUUCCUCAGACCUAGAACAGACGCAGGGAGUAUCCGAGAUUUUGCUGUUGUCCAGUCACAAUUGAUAUGUAACUUGGAUAAACAAAACCAAUUCUGGAAGCAGAGGGCCAAGCUCUAUUGGCUCAAAGGUGGUGAUAACAACACGAAAUUCUUCCACAAUGCGGUGAAUCAGAGAAGGAGGAACAAUGAGAUACUUAGACUUCGUGACCAGUAA